CUACUCUUCCUUCUCUUUCCCCACGUGCCAUCACGCCCCAUCCAAAUCACCAAAUUUACACUAAUCACAAUCCAAAUUCGUUAAUUAAUCGCCCUAAUUAGCCAUUUUAAUGCCCCUGUUUAAUUACUUAUUCUUCUACAUUCUUCAAAAUCUUCUUCCUCCUCUGGAAUUUUUUACCCUCCCCUCUCAAACCCUAAACCUAACCCUCCAUUAAUCUCGAUCUCACUUCAUUUACUCUUUCUCUCUCCCGGAAUUAAGUUGCUCACUUCUUCCGAUUGAAUUGUGUGGAAAAGCAGCUGGAAUUUGGAUGAUUGGAGGGUGAAGUUUUGUGAAUUUUUUUGGUAUUUUUGAAGUAGUUAUUGAGGGGAUUGCAAUUGGGGGAGCUGGAGGAUCUGUUUGGCGUGGAUCAUUGGAGGAAUUGUGGAAGAUUUUGGAGUAAUUUAUGUUCAGGGAUAUUGGGAUAGGAAGAAGAGAGGGGGUUUUGGAUUCGAUUUGGGGGAAAACAGCGCCAUUAGAUGGCGCUGUUUAGACGUUUCUUCUAUAGGAAGCCACCUGAUCGGCUUCUUGAGAUCUCUGAGCGGGUCUAUGUGUUUGACUGCUGCUUCUCCACUGAUGUUCUCAAUGAAGAUGAGUACAAAAUCUACCUGGGUGGCAUCGUAGCUCAGCUACAGGAUCAUUACCCUGAUGCUUCUUUCAUGGUCUUCAACUUCAGAGAGGGUAUAAAGAGGAGCCAAAUAUCUGACAUUCUGUCCCAGUACGACAUGACAGUCAUGGAGUAUCCUCGGCAGUAUGAGAGUUGUCCACUACUGCCGUUGGAGAUGAUCCACCAUUUCUUGCGUUCUAGCGAGAGCUGGCUGUCAUUGGAGGGCCAACAGAAUGUGCUCUUGAUGCACUGUGAAAGGGGAGGAUGGCCUGUGCUUGCUUUUAUGCUUGCUGGCCUUCUUUUGUACAGGAAACAGUAUAAUGGUGAGCAGAAGACUCUCGAGAUGGUAUACAAGCAAGCGCCUAGGGAACUUCUUCAUCUUUUGUCUCCUCUGAAUCCGCAGCCUUCCCAGCUUCGAUAUCUUCAAUAUAUUUCUAGGAGAAAUAUUGGUUCAGAUUGGCCACCAUCAGAUUCUCCUUUGGCAUUGGAUUGCAUCAUACUUAGAGUCCUUCCUCUGUUUGAUGGUGGAAGGGGAUGUCGCCCGCUAGUUCGUGUCUAUGGUCAGGACCCUUCUUCAACAACUUCUACUAGGAGCUCUAAGCUUUUGUUUACUACUUUAAGGACGAAAAAACAUUCCCGCUUCUACCGGCAGGAGGAGUGUGCCCUUGUGAAAAUAGAUAUUCACCGGCGUGUUCAAGGAGAUGUUGUGCUGGAGUGUGUCCAUUUAGAGGAUGAUCUUGUAAGGGAAGAAAUGAUGUUGAGAGUCAUGUUCCACACUGCAUUUAUACGGUCUAAUGUUUUGAUGUUGACACGUGAUGAAGUGGAUGUUUUGUGGGACGCAAAAGAUCAAUUCCCUAGGGAUUUUAGAGCAGAGGUGCUCUUUUCGGAUGCUGAUGCUGUUCCAUCUAUUGUCACCACUGAAGUGGGGAGUGAAGAUGGAAAUGAGACUGAAAGCGCGACACCAGAGGAGUUUUUUGAGGUAGAAGAGAUCUUCAGCAAUGCAGUUGAUGGACAGGAUGGAAAGAGCGACAUCGAUACCCAUUCAGUUCAAGAAUUUAGUCAGGAUAGCGAAAAUGAUGAGGUAGUAUGGAAGGAGGAAUUGGAUCAUCACUCUUUUGAGGACUGUACAUCAGAUGAAGGGAGUCAGAGACAAGGUAGGAGGGGGGAUUCUAAUAGGAAUUCUUUGAGUGACAAUGUCUUGGAGAACAGAGAGGAUUCAGUAGCUUCCUCUGGUGAGUUCGAACCCCAGAAUGUUAAGCUCCAAUUCUUAGAUGGUGGUUCUGGUGGCAAGUCAGAAGAAGGCGAGAACAAGCCUGACCAAGAAGGCACUGUAGUACAGAAGAAGGCAGAUGGACAAGGUUCACAACCUAAGUUGGCCUUGCCCAAUGACAAUGGUAAACAAAAAUCUGAAAAGGCACUUACUUCCACGUCAAAGAAACAGCCAAUAUCCGGCACAAAACUGGGAAACGAGACUAUGGGUACCAAAUCAAAAUCGAAGCAGCAAAGCUCAGGCCCUCAAUUAAGACAGGCAAAACCUAAUGCAGUUUCUAGAUGGAUCCCUCCUAACAAAGGGUCAUACUUUGAUUCAAUGCAUGUAUCAUACCCUCCAUCAAGACAGAACAGUGCUCCAGCUGCAUUAGCCCAAUCAAAGGAGUCUCAAGCGGCAGGAAAAGCUAAAGCUCCUUCGAGCGCUAAAUCCUCAAGUAGUAGCAGUUCUGAAGCACGUUUUUUGCCAGAGAAACACUUUUCUUGUCCAUCGUUGAUAGAAAGCUCAUCAGCCAGGCGGCCACCUACUCCCACAAUCUCUUCUCCAUCACAUACUGAAAGUCAAGCUCCAGAGUUGAAUCAACAUCAGCCUUCCCCAUCCCAUCCUCCUCCUCCUCCUCCUCCACCACCACCACCACCACCACCGCCACCCCCCUCUUGUAAUUCCUUGCUGUAUAAUUCAUCUUCUAAGCCAUUUUCUCCUGUUGCAUCAAGUCUACAGGACUUUGGCACUAACUUGUCUUCUCUUGUAAAUUCAUUUAAUAAUGAAAAUGCCCCUUCUGCAUCACCAUCACCACCACCUCCUCCACCUUCACCCCCACCCCCACCUGUACCAUUCACUCAAGAUGCAUUUUUUGCUUCUGAUGCACCUAAAUUUCAAUCUCCACCCCCACCGCCACCUCCACCCCCACCCCCACCAUCAUCCUCAUUAUUUACAGUUAGUGCAGUUUCUGCUUCUAAAAUUUCUUCACCUCCACCUCCGCCUCCACCACCACCCCCACCCUCGGUAUCUGCAGCUUGUACUUCUAAUAUCCCUGUACCUCCGCCGCCACCUCCAGCUCCAGCUCAGUCUCUACUAUCCAUUCGGAUUGCAGCAUUUGCUUCUGGUCAAUCACCUUCGCCACGACCAUAUAAUUCUGGGGUCGCUGUUACUUCUCCCCCUCCACCUCCUCCUCCACCUCCUCCACCAGUGAGCUCAGGGACAACUGCACCAAGAUCUUCUCCGCCACCACCUCCGCCUCCGCCUCCCUUUUCGUCUAGUAUACAUUAUGCUAGUAAAAUCCUGCCGCCUCCACCUCCACCGCCUCCUUGGUCCGCUAGUGCUUCUACACCAUUUGCUGGGAUCGUGUCAAGUUUGCCACCCCCUCCACUUCCAAAUGCGUCUACUGCCAUAACAUCGAUUCCUGUUUCUGUGCCCAUUCCUCCUCCCCCUCCACCUUUACCUGCUACACAUAACACACAUCCUCCUCCACCACCACCUCCAGUUAAUGGACCUCCUACUAUAUUUUCAAGAGCUCCUCUGCCUCCGCCUCCUCCUCCCCCUCCUCCACAUGGCACACCACCACCACCUCCAUUUCUCUCAAAUUGUGCUCCUCCUCCUCCUCCACCACCUCCAUUUCUCUCAAAUCGUCCUCCUCCUCCUCCUCCACCACCUCCAUUUCUCUCAAAUCGUGCUCCUCCUCCUCCUCCACCACCUCCUUUGAGUGGUGCUUCUCCACCACCACCACCUCAUCCAGGUAGUGCUCCAUCUCCUCCACCACCACCAGGGCGUGGAGCCCCGGUUCCUCCGCCACCCCCAAUGCACGCAGCCCCAGUUCCUCCGCCACCGCCUCUUUCUGCUGGCCCAUGUCCACCUCCUGGAGCACCUCCUCCGCCACCACCUCCAGGAGGUCGUGCACCUGGACCUCCUCCACCACCAGGGCCUCCUAGACCUCCAGGUGGUGCACCUCCCCCACCCCCUCCAUUAGGUGCUAGAGGACCUGGACCUCCAAGUGCUGCACCUCCCCCACCUUUAGGAAGAGGGCGUGGACUUCCACGUCCUUCUGGUAUGUCAGCUGCACCCAGAAGAUCUACAUUAAAACCACUGCAUUGGAGCAAGGUAACCAGGGCAUUACAAGGAAGCUUAUGGGAAGAAUUACAGAGACAUGGAGAGCCUCAAAUUGCACCAGAAUUUGAUGUCUCGGAGAUAGAGACUCUCUUCUCUGCCACAGUUCCAAAGUCAGAUACCAGGGGGGGGAAAUCUGGAGACCGGCGGAAAUCUGUUGGAUCUAAACCUGACAAGGUUCAUCUGGUUGACUUGAGAAGGGCCAACAACACCGAAAUAAUGCUAACAAAGGUGAAAAUGCCACUUCCUGACAUGAUGGCUGCUGCACUAGCAAUGGAUGAGGCUAUCUUAGAUGCCGACCAAGUAGAAAACCUUAUCAAAUUUUGUCCGACAAAAGAGGAGAUGGAAAUGCUCAAGAAUUACAAUGGCGACAAGGAAAACCUGGGGAAAUGUGAGCAGUUCUUUCUUGAGCUUAUGAAAGUUCCACGCGUGGAGUCUAAGUUAAGGGUGUUUUUAUUCAAAAUUCAGUUUAACUCUCAGGUUACGGAUUUCAAAAAAAGUUUGAACACUGUGAACUCUGCAUGCGAAGAGGUUCGAAAUUCCUUCAAAUUGAAGGAAAUUAUGAAGAAGAUUUUAUAUCUUGGAAACACAUUAAAUCAAGGAACUGCCAGGGGCUCUGCUGUUGGAUUCAAGUUGGAUAGUCUUUUGAAACUCACAGACACUCGUGCUUCCAAUAGUAAGAUGACACUCAUGCACUAUCUUUGCAAGGUUCUUGCGUCUAAGUCACCCUCUCUUUUAGAUUUCCAUGGAGAUCUUGUUAGCCUGGAAGUUGCAUCAAAGAUUCAAUUGAAAUCUUUAGCGGAAGAAAUGCAAGCCAUUAUUAAGGGAUUAGAAAAGGUGAAGCAGGAAUUGAGUGCAUCCGAGAAUGAUGGCCCUGUAUCUGAAGGUUUCCAUAAGACACUGAAGGAAUUUGUUGGCGUUGCUGAGGUAGAAGUGGGCUCUGUGUCGACUUUAUAUUCAGUUGCGGGAAGAAAUGCAGAUGCAUUGGCGCUUUAUUUUGGGGAGGAUCCUGCCCGCUGUCCCUUUGAGCAAGUUACUGCGACACUUCUGAACUUUGUGAGGUUGUUCAGAAAAGCACACGAGGAGAACUGCAAACAAGCUGAACUAGAAAAGAAGAAAGCUGAGAAGGAGGUUGAAAUGGAGAAGGCAAAGGGAAUCAAUCUGACAAAGAAGGAUGUGAAAUAGUUUGGAAUCGCUUGUUUGUUCUGGCUACAAGAAUUGAUGGUUCUUCUAUGUGGUCUGCCUCAGCAUGGUUGAGAUUGUUGGACGAUGACAUUCUUUUGGGGUGAGACCAGAAUCUUCCAGCACAAAAAUGUAUUGGCUUUACAAAACUCAAGAAUCAAGGCGAAUUUGCUAAUUGGUGCGGUUGAAGAUUUGGCUGUUAUGUCAGUGGCUCAGCCGAAAAUGAGCGAGAUGGCGCACCAUCCCACUGCUCGGGAUCGCGGGCAAAUGAUAGGAUGACUCCUGUUGACUGCUUGGUUUUGCAAGCUUUUGACGGUUAUUGGCAUUUGUUGAGCUUCCAAAGCUGUACAUGGACCGAGUGGAAGAAAGAAUUUGUGAUGUCUGUCUGAUAAUGGGAGAACAUGUUGAAUUCAUUUGAGUCUGUUGAAGGGGAGUCGGCUCAAUUUCAGUAUUGACGGUUGUUUUGGCAUUUUUAGCAAAUCGUGAUGGUGACGUGGGCAUUUUAAAAGUUGAAGACUAGGAUGUACCAUGAAACUUGUAUAAAGCUCUAAACUAACCAUGUAUGUAGAUUUUAGUUGAUUCUUUAAUUUGUAACAUAGAAAUGGGUUCCCUGUUUAGGUCUCAGGUUUUGAUGGGAACCUAUUAACAAUUUGUUGUACAGAUGUAUUCAGAAUUAGCUGAGAAAAUAGAUGUUAGGCUCUUUUUAGGGGAUAGGGAUGUAAUGAGAUAUAGGCUGCAGGUUUAGGAAAUAGUUUAUUCCUUUAGAUUUGAUUCAUUUUUGGAAGUCACUCACAUAUUCAUUUACCAAAGGAAGACUUUGGUUUCCCAAAAGAAGGGUGUGAGGUGGAAACUCCUAAAAUAUUUUUUUGAAUACCUGUUGUAUCAGAUUGUACAUUUAACGAUUUUGAGAUAUUCAUUCAUGUUAAUUGGUUAGC